UAUCGGACGCCAUUUUCCUGAAAUUGUCGGCCGUAAAUGGUGAAAUAGACCGGUCAUUGUUAUGUAUUUAUGCACCGGCCGGGUGUUUGUGUUUGUGUGCUAUGUGGUGCAAGAAUGAAGGAAUGAGGACGUGUUAAAGUCUGUUAUACAGGCGCUACUUGCACCCUAUCAAUGGUCAAAGUGUUACUCGCGGCGAAUUGGACGCACAGGAUUACUUUUCCGUCGGGGAAUUGUCAUCGAUGGCCGGGAUUCAAGAAGGAGGAGCACAUACCAAACAGUAUCUAAAAAGCCUGUGAUCGUAAUAAGACGGCGCCAUGGACAACUUCAGCAGUCUGUUCGGUGACGACAGCCUGGGCCUGGACGGCCUGGAGUCGUUCGGCAGUCAGCCGCAGGCCACUCCGGUGCCCGUCUCUGAGGAAGCUGCCUCGGCCUUCCAGCCCAGCCCGGCCGUUUCACAGAGCAACUACACGUCUCUGGGACCACCGAUGCAGCCGAAACCGGGAUACGGCGGUCAGCCGCCGGGCUUUCCCGGUUACGGCCAGCCGCAGCCGGCGCCCGGCUACCAGCCCUACCAGACAUCGGCGGCCGGCCCGCUCGGCCCGCAGACCAGCAUGGCCGGCUCCAUGACGCCGGCGGGCGGGUACCGACAGCAGCCGGGGCCCGGGCCGGGACCGGGGCCGGGGCCGCAGCCGCCCGGCGCGCCCCAGUACGCCGGCUUCCAGCAGUACGGCGGUCAGCCGCAGCGGAUGGCCGCACCGGCCGGAUGGCCCGGCCAGCACCCGCACUACGGCGGCGGCCUGCCGCCGAGCUCGGCGUACGGCCACCCGCAGGGAUACAGCCACCACCCGGGCAUGCCGGGGCCGCCGGCCGGCGCCAGCUUCCCGCAGCACCCCGGUAUGGCGCGGCAGCAGCCGGGCGCGCCGCAGGGCAUGCCGCGUGGCGCCGCGCCCGGACCGCCGCAGCAGCCGCACUUUGGCGGCGGUCCGGGCGGCGCCGGCGGGUUCCCGGGGCAGUCGGAGCAGUACGCGGCCAUGGCGGCGCGGCAGCAGCAGGCGCAGUACGCGGCGGCGCAGCAGGCUGGCCAGCUGCCGCAGCCGCACCACUCGUACCGGUACCCGCAGCAGCCGCCGCCGCAGCAGUACCCGUACGGCGCCGGCGGCCCGCAGCAGGGCGGUGUGCCCGCUCAGUACGUGGGCUACAUGCCUGGCCAGCGGAUGCCGCGGCCCGGCGGUCAGAUGCCCGGCCAAAUGUCUCCCCAGCAGCCGCGGAUGCCCGGGCAGAUGUCCCCUCAGCAGCCGCGGAUGCCGUCCCAGCAGGCGCCGCGGAUACCGGGUCACCUUCAGGCCAUGUCAGCGGCGGCAUCCCUGUCGCCGCGGCCGCCGUCCACCGGCGCCACGCCGCCACCCUCGCAGCAGGCGCAGCAACAACAGCAAGCGCAGCAGCAGCAGCAGCAGGCGCAACAGCAACAACAGCAGCAGCAGGCCCAACAACAGCAGCAGCAGUUCGGAGGAGCUCCGUCAAGCCUGCAGCAUCUGGAGAAGAUGGUGGUGCCCGGUGUGCAGAUGAUGGACCUGCCGGGAGGGCCUCAGGCGCCCGGUGCGCCGCCACAGCAGCGGGUGCUCAGUCCGCUGGCCGGGCCGGGAGGGCCGGGCGGCUCGGCGGCCGGCGCACCCGGGCCGCGCACCCCCAUGUCUCCGGGCAUGGUGAAUCGCUCGACACCCCACAGUCCGAGCCUGGGUCCGCGCACGCCCACCUCGCCGGCGCAGUGGUCGCAGCUGCAGCGGGUGCCGUCGCCGGCGCCGGCCAGCCAGAUCGCCGCGCAGCAGCAUCAGCAGCACGCCGUGCGUAUGACCAGCAUCGACUCGAUGCUGCACAGCAUGCCCGGCUCGGGCCCGGGCCCGGGCGACAGCAGCUCCAAGAGUCCGAUGAAGAGCCCGGAGCAGGACCAGCUGCUGGCCGGCCUGUCGGGGCCCGGUGGGGACGGCUCGUCCGGCGUGCCCAACUCACUGCCCGGGUUUAUGAGUGUGAAAGACGCGGUGGGUAGUGGUGCCGGCGGGCCGCCCACCUCGUCAAUGAACAGUAUGGCGGGCGGCGGCGACCCGGCCUCCUCCGAGAUGAGGGCGCCUGUGAUGGGCAAGCCGGGCCAGCCAGGCCACCCGCCACAGCACCAAGGGCCUGGCGGCAUGUUCCCCCGCUACCAGCAGCCCAACAUGUACCAACAAUCACCGGCGUACCAGCAGCAACAACAGCAGCAACAACAGCAGCAGCAACAACAGCAGCAGCAACAACAGCAGCAGCAGCAGCAGCAGCAGCAGCAGAUGCAUCAGCACAUGCAGCACAUGCAGCAGAUGCAGCGGCCUCCUGGGCCGGGCCCGGGUGGCUACGGCGGCUCGCGUGACGGCAUGUUCGACCCUCAGUUCCGGCCCGGCAUGCACCCAGGGCUCAGCCCCCAGCAGCAGCAGCAAAUGCCGCGCGCGCGCACCUGGACGCCCGAGGCGGUGGUGCCGCGUCUGCCGUCGAUGCCGCAACAGGGGCCGCCGCAGCAGCUGCGGCCCCAGUCGCCCAUGGCCUCCUUCGGACGGCCGCCGGCCUCGUUCGCCGGGCCGUCGCCCACGCCCGCGUCGCCGGCGUCGCAGCGGCUCACCCCGACGCCGACGUCACGGCCGGCGUCGGUGAGCGCGUCUCCGCAGCCGCCGCGCUCGGUGGAGCCGCCCGCGGCGGCGGCGGCGCCGUCCCCGCAGCCGAGUGCGGAGCCGCCGCCGCCACCGCCGCCGGCCGCGCCCGAGGAGCCCCCCGGCCGACCCGACUCACUGCCCGACCUGGGCGCGGACCUGGGGGCGGCCGCGCCGCCGCCGCAGUCCGAGACUGCCCCGUCACCGCCGCCACCCCCGGCGCCGGCCGCACCGGAGCUGUCCUCUCCAGCGACGGAGUCGGAGCCGGCUGGCUUGUCGGGGGCCUCGCCCCAGGCCGGCCUGGCGCCGCCGCCAGCCGGCGCCGAGAGCGUCUCACCGAGCGCCACCGCGCACCCCGGCAUCCGGUUGCCGGGAGUUAACUCAGGAGCGUCGCCACAGGCGGGAGCCGCCAGCGCCGGCCCUGGAGCGCCGCCGCCGCAGCCGGGCACGCCCGGAGUGCAGCAGCCGAGCGCGACAGCAGCCGGCGGCCCGGCGCUGCCGCAACCCAACUCAGGAAUCGCCACCCCCGGGAUGCUACCGCGCCCGGGCGGCGCCAACGAAAUGCCACAGUUCUCACGAGCCCCGGGCAUGCCCCCCGCCUCGGCGGGCGGCCCGCCAGUGCCGUCGUUUCAGAGGACACCUGGAAUGCCACCGUUCUCCUCGGCUCCGGGGAUGCCGCCAUCAUCGAGCGCCCCUGGCCUGCCACCGUCGUCUACAGCGCCGCAGAUGCCGCCGUUUUCUGGGGCGUCUGGGAUGCCCCCGUCGUCCGGAGCGUCCGAGCUGCCACCGUUCUCAGCUGCCCCUGGGAUGCCACCUUCAUCAGGGGCACCUGCAAUGCCGCAAUUCUCGUCAGCUCCAGGAUUGCCGCCCUCGUCCCUAGCUCCCGGAAUGCCACCUUCGUCCGGAGCACCCGGAAUGCCACCUUUCUCGGGAGCCCCCGGAAUGCCUCAGUCAUCAAUGGCGUCCGUUCGACCGCCGUUCUCCGGAGCACCGAUCGUGUCCUCAGCACCCGGACUGCCACCUCACUCGGACGCCGGCCCAACGCUUCGGCCGGGUGCACCGGGCGUACCCACAUCAGCCAGCGACGCGGCGCCGGGCCAGCCCCCCGUGGGCGCCGGCCCGCCUCCGCCGCCCGGCGCUCCCGGUCCGAUGAUGCCAGGCGCGCCGCCUUACCGCGGCCCCACGCCGUUCUCGACUGCCGGCGGCCCGGGCGUGCCGGCGUCGUCCGCCGGCGGCGAGAUGCCGGCCGCGUCAGGCGCCGCCGGGCCGCCGCAGCACCCAGGCUUGCCGCCGCACAUGGCCGGCUCGAUGCCACCCGGUAUGCAUCCGGGCAUGCACCCCGGUCAGCCGGGGAUGCCGCCGUUCGGCCAGCCGGGCUACCCGGGCGGACCGCCGCGGCCGGGCAUGGCACCUCAGAUGGGCGGCCAGUUCGGACCGCGACCGGGCCCCGGGCCGGGCGGCGUGUUUGGGCCGCGGCCGGGCAUGGUGGGUCCGCGGCCGCCGCUCACCAUGGAGCAGCGGCACGCGGUGCAGUUUGAGCUGCAGCAGGUGCAGCAGCGGCUGCAGCACCUGUACACCCUGCCGCCGGCGCCGGAGCAUCAGCAGCCGAUUCAAGAGCUCCAGCAGCGCGCCCAGUUUCUGCAGAUGCAGCUGGGCCCGCCGCCGGGGCCACCCACCUACCAGGGCGCCCCUCCUCCAGGCUAUCCUGCGCCGGGAGCGCCGCCCGGCCCACUGCCUCCGCAACAGGGCCCGAUGGCUCCGGAGAGCGCCACCGGCGACCCGGCCGCGCCCGCUGAGGAAGCUGAGCAGACGCCCACCGGCAAACGAUCGCGCAAACGCGCCACGCCCAAAACGCCGCGCGAGCCUCGCGCCAAACGCGAGCCCAAGACACCGCGCGCGCGCAGCCGCAAGAAGAAGGGCGCAGCUGCCGAGGAGGAGGAGGUGAAGACUGAGACAGCUGUGGACUCGGAGGUGCCGCCGCCUGCUGAUGGCGACGCGCCGCCGGCCGCCGAAGGAGCCGAGGAGGGCGCCGAGAAACCGGCGGCCGACGCCACCGUCAGUCCGGCCAAGCCCAAACGGAGACGGACUCCGCGCAGUCGCAAGAAGGCCAAGGAGGAGCCCGAUGUGGCAGCAGCAGUGGCGGCCGCGGAGGCGAGCUCAGAGCAGCCGGCGCCGACCGCCGACUCCGACACGGUCCAGAAGACGAGCGAUGACGGAGCCGAGGAGACGCCGGCGGCGGCGCCCAAACCGCCCCGGCCGCGCGUCAAGUCGGCCACACCGUCCAGGAAGAAGCCCCGCGCCAAACUGGCACUCAACUUCAAGAAGAAGAAGCGUCGGCGCGGAAGCGACAGCGAGGCGUCGGACUUGGAGAAGACGCCGCCGCCGUCACCGCCGCCUGACGACUCGCAGAGCAACAAGCGCCGCUCUGGCCGUAACGCGGGCGGUCGCAAAAAGUACGUGGACGACCUGGAUCUGCGUGAGCUGGCGCAGAUCUCGGACGAGGAGACCAACAAAAAGGAGACGGAGGCGGCCGCGGCGGCCAUCGCGCCCAACUGCGCCUUCAUCAAUACGAACGACGAGGACUCCAUGAUCGUGCAGUACAUCCUGGGCGAGCGAAAGGGCAAGCGUGAGGUGAUUCCUGACGAGCCGCCUGCACCGCCGCCACCGGCCACCAAACAGGAGGGCUCCGAGGCCGCCGGUGCCGAGACUGAGACCAAGACGGCGCCCGCUGCCGACGGAGAGGCCCCGACUGAAGACAAACCGAAACCGGAGGGUGACGAGCAGACCCCGAUGGAUACCUCGGACGGCUCGGAGCAGCCGAAACCGGCUGAAACCGUCGCUAACGGCUCGGACGAUGGAGCCGAGAAGGCGUCAGACGCGACGGCGUCCGGUGACAAGGAGUCAGUCGAGACGGCCGAGAAACCGGCGGACGAAGACGCCAAGCCUGCAGACGGAGACGGGAAGCCGUUGGAAGGGGACGCCAAGCCGACUGACAGCGGCAAGCCGGCGGACGGCACGGUGGCGGUGGCUGAGGCCAAGCCGGCCGACGCGCCGCCCAAGAAGGUCGAGUAUGUUGAGAUGGACGAGUUCUAUGUCAAGUACAAGAACUUCUCGUACCUGCACUGCGAGUGGCGCACGGAGGACGAACUGCUGCGCGGAGAUAGACGCAUCGCCUCUAAGAUCAAACGCUACCAGCAGAAAAAGCAGCAGUCGCAGAACGUACUCGAUUUCCUGGACGAGGAGCUGUACAACCCGGACUUUGUGGAGGUGGACCGUGUGCUGGACAUGUCCGAGUACACGGACCCCAACACGGGCGACAAGAGCCGGCACUUCCUGGUCAAGUGGCGCUCGCUCUCCUACGAGGACUGCACCUGGGAGCUGGAGGAGGACGUCGACAAGCCAAAGAUCGCCAGCUUCCUCAAGUAUCGCGAGCCGCCGCCCAAGGAGCAGCGCACGAGAAAGAAGCGUCCGAAGGCGUCCGAGUGGACAAAGCUGGACAAGUCUCCGCGCUACAAGAACGACAACGCGCUGCGCGACUACCAGUUGGAGGGUCUCAACUGGCUGACGUUCUCCUACUACAACGGCCACAACUGUAUCCUGGCCGACGAGAUGGGUCUGGGCAAGACGAUCCAGGCGCUGACGUUUGUGCACGCUGUGUACGAGUACGGCAUACGCGGUCCGUUCCUGGUGAUCGCGCCGCUCUCCACCAUCCCCAACUGGCAGCGGGAGUUCGAGGCGUGGACCGACCUCAACGUCAUCGUCUACCACGGAACGUCGGCCAGCCGGAACAUGAUCGCCGAGUACGAGCUCUACUUCAAGGACGCCGACGGCAAGCGCAUCCCGGACAUUUACAAAUUCAACGUGUGCAUCACCACCUACGAGGUGGUCAUCCAGGACUGUCUGGAGCUCAGUGAGGUGCCGUGGCGAGUCUGUGUCAUCGACGAGGCGCACCGUCUGAAGAACGCCAACUGCAAGCUGCUGGAGGGUCUGCGCCUGCUGGAGAUCGAGCACCGCGUCCUGCUCUCCGGCACGCCCCUGCAGAACAACAUCCGUGAGCUGUACUCGCUGCUCAACUUCCUGGAGCCGCAGCAGUUCGCCUCCGAGGAGCAGUUCAACAGCGAGUUUGGUGAGCUGCGCACCGACGAGCAGGUCAAGAAGCUGCAGGUGCUGCUGAAGCCCAUGAUGCUGCGACGACUCAAGGAGGACGUGGAGAAGAGCCUGGCGCCCAAGGAAGAGACCAUCAUCGAGGUGGAGCUGACCAACAUCCAGAAAAAGUACUAUCGAGGUAUCCUGGAGAAGAACUUCUCGUUCCUGGCCAAGGGCUCGUCCUGGUCGAACCUGCCCAACCUGAUGAACACCAUGAUGGAGCUGCGCAAGUGCUGCAUUCAUCCGUACCUCAUCAAUGGCGCGGAGGAGCAGAUCCAGCACGAACAACGGAUGGAGACCAAAGACCAGAGCGGCGUGGAGAACUCCUACUUCCAAGCGAUGGUGCAGAGCGCCGGUAAGCUGGUGCUCGUCGACAAGCUGCUGCCCAAGCUGAAGGCGCAGGGACACCGGGUGCUCAUCUUCUCGCAGAUGGUCCGCAUGCUCGACAUCCUCGAGGACUACCUCAUCGCCAAAAAGUACCCGUUCGAGCGGAUCGACGGCCGGAUCCGGGGUGACCUGCGUCAGGCGGCCAUCGACCGCUACUGCCGGCCCGACUCUGACCGAUUCGUGUUCCUGCUCUGCACCAAGGCUGGCGGACUGGGCAUCAACCUGACCGCCGCCGACACCGUCAUCAUCUAUGACAGCGACUGGAACCCACAGAACGAUCUGCAGGCGCAGGCGCGCUGCCACCGUAUCGGCCAGCAGAAGAUGGUCAAGGUGUACCGACUCAUCACACGCAACACCUACGAACGGGAGAUGUUUGACCGGGCCAGUCUCAAGCUGGGUCUCGACAAGGCCGUUCUGCAGAGCAUGAACACGGGCCAGAACAAGAGCGGCGUGGAUCCCAACAAACAGCUCAGCAAGAAGGAGGUUGAGAUCCUUCUAAAGAAGGGUGCGUACGGCGCCCUGAUGGAUGACGAUACGGCGGGUCAACAGUUCUGCGAGGAGGACAUCGACCAGAUCCUCGAGAAGCGCACACAGGUCAUCACCUUCGAGGAGGAGAAGGGCUCCAGCUUUAGCAAGGCCUCCUUCUCGACGGCCGGAAACCGCUCCGAUAUUGACAUUGACGACCCGGACUUUUGGAACAAGUGGGCCAAACGGGCUGAGGUUGGCCAGGACGACACGCCCGCGCAGAACGAGCUGAUUGUGGCUGAGCCGCGCCGCCGGAGCCGCAUCAAACGCUACGGUCAGGAGGAGGCGCUGCUGCAGAACGUGUCCGACAUCGGGAGCAGCUCCGACUCGGACGAGAACAAGGAGAAGGAGGACGUGCCGGGCCGGUCCCGUCGCGGUCGCGCGCCGCGCUACCGACCGGACGACGACCUGGACUUCAUCACGGGCGAGGGCGCCGUCUGCUACGGCAACUGGACGCGUCACGAGUGCUUCAAGGUGGAGAAACAGCUGUUGGUGUUCGGCUGGGGCCGCUGGACGGAGAUCCUGCGACACGGCGGCUUCCGAGACGGCUGGACCGAGGCGCACGUGGAGGACCUGGCACGUCUGGUGCUGCUCCAGUGCAUCAAGGUGUACAAGGGAGAUGACAAGAUUCGAGGCUUUAUCUUUGAUCUCAUUUCGCCCAGCAACCAGGACACAUCGAAGCUGGGACAAAACCAUAUAGCGGGACUGUCGGCACCCGUGCCUCGCGGCCGAAAGGGCAAGAAGAAGCAGCGUGAGGCCAAGAUGGUAGCCCAAUACAUGGAGGAAUCCGACUGGAGCAAGGACAAGCGGUACAACACGGAGGUGUACCUGGACCGCAGCUACCACCGCCACCUGAACCGGCACUCCAACAAGGUGCUGCUCCGGGUGCGCAUGCUGUUUUACGUGCAGACGGAGAUUAUCGGCGACCUGGCGCCCAAAAUCAUGGACAACGUGCCCGUCAGUGAGCUGAACAUGCAGACGCCCUGGCUGGACCAGCCGCCGACCGGCUGGUGGGACGCCGAUGCCGACCGUUCGCUUCUCGUCGGCACCUACAAGCACGGCUACGAGCGCUACCACCAGAUGCGGCUGGACCCUGCGCUGUCGUUCCUGGGGCGCUGCGGUCCUCCCGAGGGCGCCGCGCCUGGCACUGACACGGCCGAGACUGACACGGACGCCGGACCCGACGACGACCUGGACAAGGAGGACACCAUCUCGUCAGCGGUGGCGUCGCCGGCGCCCAGCUCGGACACGACGCGCGCCUCGACACCGGCGCCCUCCACCGCGUCCGAGCAGUCGGCAGUGACGUCUGCCGGCCCGGGUCCGUCCAUGUCCGGCGACCGUCUGCCGUUCCCGGCCAACGCCGACCUGAACACGCGUCUCAGACGCAUGGUCACCGCCUACCAGCGGAACUAUAAGAAGGAGGAGCAGAAAAUGCAGGCCCAGGCGCGCAAGAACGAGCGGCGCGAGAAGAUCGAGCAGAUCGUCCGCGAGCGGGAGAUGCGCAAGCUGGAGCUCUCGCAGAAGCGCUGGACACGACAGGAGGAGGCCAGCUUCCUGCGCGUGGUGGCCGCCUUUGGCGUCGAGUACCACAGGAAGGAGAAUCGCUACGACUGGAACCGAUUCCGUGCGACGGCUCGGCUCGAGAAGAAACUCGACGACACGCUCACAGAAUACUACAACGAGUUCCGAGCCAUGUGUCAGCGGGUGGCGGCCGGCGAGCCACCACCGCCGCCGCCGCCGGCCGCCGCUGGCACGCCCGCGCCGCCGGCCGCCGCCGAUCUCAUCCCGCGCUCGCAGGCUGUCUACCUGAUGGAGCGGAUUGACCUGCUCAACACGCUGCGGAACGAGGUGGUGGUGCACCCGCAGCUGGAGGAGCGGCUCAAACUGUGCCAGGAGGCGCCCAACCUGCCCGCCUGGUGGACGCCCGGCAAACACGACCGAGACCUCGUCAUCGGCGCCCAUCGGCACGGCAUCGGCAACAGCGGCUUCUACAUCCUGCACGACCCGGACCUGUCCUUCCGAGAUGUCGUCAACAGGCACAUGAAGGGCAUGAAGCUCGUCGACAGGAAGGACAAACAAAAGUACGCCGACUGGCGAGCCACCAUCAAGCGUGACGCGGUGCCGGCAGCCGUAGCCGAUGGCGGUGCGGACGAAGACAAGGCGGCGGCUGACGGCACGGCAGACAAGCCGGCAGUCAAGGCAGAGACGAACGCAGACGCGAACGCGGACUCGAACACGGAAACUGCAGUGAAAGCUGACGUGACAGAGGGUGAACAGGAGACGAAAGAGGAGAAGGAUAAUGAGGAAGGGGAAGAGAAGAUGGACGUAGAUAAAGAAGGAGAGAAGGAGGGUGAGGAUAAGUCCGAUAAAUGUGAUCAGAACGGGGAGAAAGAAGUGGCUCUGCCGAAUGGUGAGACCAAGGACGGGGAACACGGAGAGGAGGAGGAGGAGAAAGAGGCGACAGAGGACGGCAAGGAGAAGGAAAAGGAAGCCGAGGACAAUGGCGAGACAAAGACCGAGUCGGGUGACUCUGAGAAACCUGUGAUAGAGACGGCCGAGGCGCCGGCACCGGCCGAAGAGCCAAAGUGUAACGGUGACGACGCUGGUGAGCACGUGGAGAACGGCGAAACUCCGGCGACGGCCGAUCGGGAGAACUCUGACGAUAAGGAGGGCUCCGAGGAGCCGGUCAAAAAGGAUUCAGACGCCUCGCCGGCCGAGAAAGUCACUGCCGAUGACGGCAAGGCGGCCAAGAAGGAGGCGCCAGAACCGAGCCCCAAAGAGGCCGAGCCGACCAAGGUGAAGGCGGAGAAGUCCGGCGGCGCGUCGGGCAGGGAGGAGGCGGUGUUGCCGCGCCUGCCGAACCCGGCCGCCUCCCAGCCGCUGAUGGGCCUCUAUCAGAUGGAGGAGUCGAUCAGCAAGUACGGCCACCUGUACGACCCCGAGGUGCUCCAGGAGGCGGCCAUGAUCCAGAUGCUGCACCAGAACUACGCGGCGCCCAUCCACUGGCCGUCCGACCACACGCUGCACAUGCGGCUGCAGCACAUUGUGCACGCCGUGGAGACGGGCGUGUGGCCUAAGGUUGACUACUCCUCGCUGCCUACCGACCCGCUCGACCCCGGCCUGAUCGGUGUGGGCCAGCCGCGGGACGAGUCGCGGCCCGGCACCAGCCGGCGGGCGGCGGCGGCAGCGGCAGCAGCGGCGGCCGCCGGCGCCGACCUGGUGGCCGCCGGCUCAUCGUCCGGUCCCGGCGGCCUGGCAGAGGUGACCCCGGAGCCGCCGCGCCAGCCGACCGCCGACGACGCCGACCGGCGCGGCAGGAAGCGGCGCCACGGCCCGACCGAGACCGACUCGGAGCGGGCCAAACUGCGCGCGCUGCUCAACCACAACCUCCAGAGCAUCACCCGGCUGUCGGGCAAACCGCGCACCGAUAGCUGCGGCGAGUCGGACGACGCGCCGCCGCCGCCGCCGCCCCCGCCGCACGGCGACGACCACCAGCCGCCGCCGGCACACCAGCACGGGCCGCGUGGCGGCGGUGCGCACGGCGGCAUGGACCUCAGCUUUAAGACGCCGGCGUCCCAGAGCCCGCGCGCUGUGACGCCGGGCCCGCCGCACUCGGCGCACUCGUUCGCCGCGCCGGCGUCGCACGGCUCGGCUGCCAAGGGAGACGACGUGUUGGAUUUAUCGGCCAGUCUGAGCAAGAGCCGCUCGUCGACUCCACACAGCGAGAAGACGGAUGACGGUGUGCUGGACCUGCACCUGAGGUCGGGCGGAGCGGCCGGCGGGCUCGGCCGACCCGCCAGCGGCCUCGGCAGUCGACUUGACUCCACUCUGGACCGACUCAAGAAACGAUCGGGUGAAGAGGCCACCGGCAAGGAAAAGAAGCGGCGCAAACUGGACUCGAUCAUCUCGGGCCUGUGCGCCAAGACGACCAGCGCCCCGCCGGCCACCUCUGUCUCCGUAUCUGUGGCCGUCUCACAGCGCGACAUGGCGCCAUCGGUCAGCAUCACACCCGUGCCGCGCGCAUCCGGGCAGCUGCCGCCUCCGGCACACGGCGCGCGAGACGACCUCUUCCCUGAUAUCACACUGAGCAGGAGCAGCCGGCGUUCACAGGAGGGCUCGGCACUGCCCGCGCACGACAUGCAUAAACCGGACUCGAAGGUGUAUAACUGGCUGGAGUCGCAGCAGAAGGCGUCACCAUCGGCCAGCGGCGGUCGGGACCGGCCCGGUGCCCUCUCAGGCAAACUGCCGGCCUCGUUCGAGCCACCUGCCGUGGACUGGUCGCGUCUCAGUCAGGACACGCCCGUACCCGUGGUGCACCGGCUCUCCGGCAAAAAGCUGUCUGGCUCUGCGGCGCCGCAGCUGAAGAACCUGGCGCCGUGGCUGCUGGAGAACCAGAUGUACGACGUGGACCCACACUGGGCCGCCCAGAAGGCCUCGCCAUCGUCACGCUCGUCCAAGGGCUCGGAGCGCCGCAAGGGCCCCGGCCGGCCGCCCAUGAGCCCGCCCUCCUCCUCGGCAGCCUCCGGGUCUCGCUCGUCGGGCGCCGCCACCAGCAGCUCGCUGUUCGGCGGCCUGGGCGGCAAGAUGGACCCUAAGAACCCGCUCUUCGGCAUGGACCCCAAGAACCUGUUGUACGGCAUGGAUCCCAAGAUGAUGGCGGCGUACGGCAUCGACCCGCGCAUGAUGUACAUGGACCCCAAGGUGCUGGCGUCGAUGGGGCUGGACGCAAAGGCCAUGGCCUCCAUGGGCAUGGACCCCAAGAUGCUGGCUGCCAUGAGUGACCCCAAGAUGUUGGCUGCCAUGAGUGACCCGAAAAUGCUGGCGGCUAUGAGUGACCCUAAGGCCAUGGCGGCUAUGAUGGAUCCGAAGAUGCUGGCCGCCAUGGGGCUAGACCCAAAGAACGUGAUGUCCUCGCUCGGCCUCGACCCCAAGAUCAUGGCGUCGAUGGGCAUGGAUCCAAAGGCCAUGGCGUCAAUGGGACUCGAUCCCAAGGCCAUGGCCGCCAUGGGAUUAGACCCUAAAUCCAUGGCGGCCAUGGGCUUGGACUCCAAGGCCCUCGCCGCCAUGGGCUUGGACCCGAAGAUGAUGGCUUCCAUGGGACUCGAUCCCAAAGCGAUGGCCUCGAUGGGACUCGACCCCAAGGCGUUAGCGUCGAUGGGACUGGAUCCAAAAUCGAUGGCUGCCAUGGGACUGGACCCCAAGGCUAUGGCGGCCAUGGGACUGGACCCCAAGGUGCUAGCCUCCAUGGGGCUUGAUCCAAAGGCCCUGGCGUCGAUGGGUAUGGAUCCCAAAGCCAUGGCGGCGAUGGGCCUCGACCCCAAGAUGCUGGCCUCGCUGGGAAUGGACCCGAAAGCUGCCGUCUCGAUGGCUCACGACUCGAAGGCGUCAACCAGCUCAGGGAUGGACUCGAAAACGAUGGCGUCAAUGGGCCUCGACUCCAAGACGAUGGCCUCGAUGGGACUGGACCCUAAGGCGAUGGCUUCCAUGGGUCUCGAUCCCAAGAUGCUGGCCAUGAUGGCUGGCCUCGACCCGAAGAUGAACCCGUACGCGGCGGGCCUGGACCCGCGGGUGCUCAGCCAACUGGACCCCAAGACACUGGCCAGUCUCGCCAUGGACCCGAAACUCUACUCCAUGAUGGGGAUGGACCCCAAGAUGUUCGGUCUGGACCCGAAGAUGCUGCAGGGCAUGGACCCUAAGAUGCUGAUGGACCCCAAGAUGAUGGCCGGUCUGGAUCCGCGCAUGUUCGGGAUGCUGGCGGGAAUGGACCCGCGCACCUCGGCCGCGCUGGCCGGACUGGACCCCAAGACGCUGGCGCAGAUGGACCCGGCGAUGCUGGUGAGUUUGGGCAUCGACCCCAAGCUGCUGCAGAUGCUGGCCGAGCCCAAGGCCUCCCCGUCGGCGUCCAAGUCGAGCGGCGGCAGCUCGUGGACGGUGACGGCGGCGUCGAGCGCGUCGGCCACGUCUCCGGCGCGAUCGACACCGAGCCGCUCGUCCACGGGGGGCGGCAGCGCCGGCCGAUCCACCCCGCGCAGCUCGGCGCCCUCGUCGGCCGCCGCGGCGGCGUCCACGGCGGCGGCUAUCGCGUCAGCGACGGCAGCGGCGGCGGCGGCGGCGUCGAUGGCGUCCAUCACCACGACUCCGGCGCAGACCACCACCCACACCACCCCGUCGUCGUCCGCGCUGGCUGCGGCGGCGGGCAUGUACGGCCUCGACCCCAGCCUGCUGCAGGGGCUGGACAACAAGCAGCUGGCGCAGCUCGGGCUGGACCCCAAGGCGCUGGCGGCGCUCGGCCAGCGCGGCGCCAACCCGUUCCUCAUGGGCAUGGACCCCAAGAUGCUGGCCGGGUUCGACCCGAAGCUGCUACAGAGCAUGGACCCGAAGAACAACCCGCUGCUGACUGGGCUGGACCCGAAGCUGCUACAGGGACUCGAUCCCAAGGCUCUGGCGUCACUUGACCCCAAGAACAACCCGUACCUGGCCGGGCUGGCUGGUAUGGACCCUAAGAGCGCCGCGCUCAUGGCGAACUUCGGCAUGGACCCCAAGAACCCGUUCCUGGCCGGUCUGGACCUCAAGGCGCUCGGGCUGGACCCGAAGGCCCUGGGACUCGACCCAAAGGCGCUAGGGCUGGACCCAAAGGCCCUUGGUCUAGAUUCGAAGGCGUUAGGUCUCGAUCCGAAAGCUCUCGGGCUGGACCCCAAGGCGCUUGGACUUGACCCCAAGGCGUUAGGGUUCGACCCGAAGGCGUUAGGACUUGACCCGAAGGCAUUUGGCUUGGACCCGAAGGCCCUAGGACUGGACCCGAAGGCUCUCGGACUGGACCCGAAAUCGCUGGGACUCGACCCCAAGCAUCCACUGUAUGGGAUCGACCCCAAGAUGUUGGGCAUCGACAUGAACAACCCGAUGAUGUUCGGCAUGGGUCUGCCGGGCAUGUACCCGGGCAUGGGUAUGCCUCCCAUGUCGGCCGCCGACCACGCCACCACCAAGGCCGAGACCAAGGCGGAGAAGCGGGCGGCAGCAGCAGCAGCGUCGGCCGCCUCAGCCGCCGGCCUAACAUUCGGCUCCCUGUUCCCGGCGCAGAGCAUGGCCGGCAUGGCGGGCAUGUACCCACCGAUGGGCCCUCCCGGCUGGCCGGCCGGCGCCUCGUUCGCCAAUCCGCUGCUGACUCAGUCGUCCCUGUUCAACGGUCUGAGCGGCGCGGCGCCCGGCGGCACGGCCACCGUCUCGUCGACGCGCACCAAGCCUACGCCCAGCUCGACGGUCACCUCGGAGGAGGCCGGCGGCUCGGGCAGCAGCGGCGAGCGGCGUGCCGAGCGAGAGAAGAUCCGCUCCCUGCUCAAAGACAAGGUGGACAUCAAGGGAGGCCUCACCAAGGAGCAGCGCAACCUGCUCAAGGAGCGGAAGCGCGAGCGGCUGAUGAAGGAGCAGGACGGCUCGCUGGACCUGCGCGCGCGCGAGCAGCUGGAGGCGGCCGAGCGGCUGGCGCGCGAGAUGGAGCGCGAGCGGCGCGCAAAGGACAAGGACCUGGACGCCAAGGAGCGCCGGCUGGCCGAGGCGCACGCGGCCAUGCUGAGCGGCCGGGCGGCGGCCUCCGAUGAAGAGCCGGCCGUCAGUGCUGCCGCGGCCACCACCGGCGCCGAGGAGGUGCCGCUGGCAGCGUACCCACCGCCGGCCGCGCCGCCGCCCCCACCCCCCGCGCCGGCGCCGGCCUCGCCGCCUCCCUCGGAGCGGCACGAGGCGCCGGCGGCGGAGGCGGCGGAGCCGGCCGCGGCGGCCGCCCCGGCCGGCAGUGCGCCCGCCGCCGGGGACGGCGACAGUGAGACGUACAAAGAGGGCGCCAGUGGUGAGCCGGGUGACGCGCCGGCGCCGGCCGCGGCGGCCGAUAGUGACCAGACAGACGCGGACAAUAAGGACGACGCGCCAGCGACGUAGGCGCGCGCGCGCGCGACGCUCUAGCGUGUGACUGUGCAGCGGCGAGCGCGAACCGUUUCCUAUCCCUUAGCUCAGCCCGUGCGGCUGCGCGCGCGUGGCACGCCAAUGCGCUGUAUCUGCAUGGAUUCUCGUCAGUUUUCUUAUUGUUCUGCGGUGUUAUUGUGUCGAUGAUAAAUCGAUUUAUAGUUUUCCAUUUAUGGACACAGUGAUUUUCUAUUCGUCUUUUUACGAUCAUUGCAAUAUGAACCUUCGAAUGUCAUAAUGUUUUACUCAUCUGCGCGUGGAUAUCGAAAGUCGCAAUGUUUUGUUUGGCACGCACGGAGGCGGAGCACCUGAACAUGCCGGCUCCAGCGCGCGCGCUCUGUGGCCCUGGGCUCCCUUCUUUUUCACAUGUAUAAGACAUUUGUCUCAAUAGUGUUCGUUUUUUGUAAAAUAUUCGACCUGUAGAGAUACCUAUUAAAUGGGAUCUUGGUACAAAA